AUGCCACCGCCAGCCUUUUCACCUGGCGGUUUCAUCUCAGGCCCUGGCCCUGAUGUGUCAGUGAAGGCAGCUCCUGGACAGUUUCUUGAUGGGAUUCCUGCCAAAAUGCCGCCGCCACAGUUCGAAGUAGUGCCCGGUGGAGUCAUUGGAAUGAAGAUGCCGCCAGUUGGCCCUCCGUCUCUUGCACCUCCAAUGAUGUCCACAUCUCUGCCCGACCUGCCCGCGUUUAUGGGUUUGGCUCCACCUGUGGGACCGCCACCUGCUAUCCUGCGACCCCCGGAGCUACCACCACCUGCGGGUCUGCUUGCGGCUGUCGACGCUGCCGUCGAGCGCGCGGGCGCUCCACCCAGUGGCCCUGUGGAAAAGGUGGAGUGGCAAGCACACCAAACUGGAGAAGGCCUGCCUUACUAUUUCUGCAAAAAGACGGGCGAGUCUAGAUGGGUCCGGCCCUGUGGUCCGGGAGAUGUAAUUGUGGACCCCAAGAAGGAGGAGCCCAAAGAUACCUCGGUGAAAGGCAAGCUUGGUGAGCCCGAGUCUUGGGAGAGCAUCGGCAAAACAGGGUGGACCCGUGUGCAGACAGACAAAGGCUACACAUACUUCUACCACAAGAAGCAGAAGAAGACGUCGUGGACGUGCCCGCCUGAGAUUGCCAAGGAGGUUGCAGAGCUGGAUGGAAGCCUGGGUGCCGUGGAGGGUGAAGCGGAAUCCAAAGAGGAGAAGGGCGAUGAGGAGGGCAAGGAAGGAGCCGAAGGGACAGGUGAUGCACAAGGUGAGCCAGCAGGUGGUGAAGAAGAUGGAGCCAAGAAGCAGACGAAGGCUGAGAAGGCAGAAAAGCGUGCACAGCAGGUGGAGGAGGAACAGAAGGCAGCCAAGGAGAAGGACAAGCUGCGGAACUUCAAGCAGUUACUCGUGGAGAAAGGUGUUAGAGCCUUUGACAAGUACGAGAAGUGGGUCCCCAAGCUGAUGCACGAUCCACGCUUUACAGCCGUAACGGGUCUGAAGGAGAGAAGGCUUCUUUUUGAGAUGCUUGCCAAGCGCAUUGAGACGGAGAAGCGGAAGACCCAGGCUGUCUGCAAGAACCGAGGCCGCGAAGCCUUUAAGGAGCUGCUGGACAAAGCAGAGAAGCUGGACCUCUUGGCAGGACGGACAGUGGAGAAAGCCCUGGCCAGCAUGGAGCGACGUUUCGGCGAUGAGGCACAGUGGGAUGCUGUGCCUGAGCGCGAUCGAGAGCGAAUGGUGGCGGAGGCUGUUGCAGAGACCACCAAGCGAGCCGAAAAGCAGAAGGAGGGGGCACGUGCCAAUUUCCGCACGUUGGUUCUGGAUAUCCUGAAGGGCCAGGAGGAGGACCCUCCUCCCUUCUCCAAGGCUCGGCGGCGGCUCGAAACAGAUCCUUCUUGGACGCAGUUGGCUUCCACGGAGCGUGAAAAUCUCUACAACCGCCUCGCCCGGGAGCUGAAGGAUGCCAAGAGGAAGCAGACCGCCAAGCGCCGAGAGGUGCAGCAGGAGCUGGAAGAGGCCAGGAAGAAGCGGAAGCUCUCGGAGGCCGAGGAGAAGAUCUUCAGCGUCUUCUCCGAGAAGAUGAAGAACCCCUACAGCCUUACCUGGGAGGAGGCAAAGCCGGAGGUGGAAGCCCUUCAGUUACAGAAGGGCUUCGGGCUGAAGGACGAUGAGCUCGAGCAGCUGUGGCUGGAUUACCAGAGGAGGGCUAUCGAAGCCCGGAGAGAGGCGUGGCUGCGCAUUCUGGAGUCUGCUGGCUUUGACGUCAUUGGACCAGAGCUGGAGUUUGAGGAGGUUGUACAGAGAGCAUUCAGCACGGACACAGACGUGGCGACACAGAAAGCCUUCGAAGGUAUGCCUGAGGAAGUGCUCAAGGAAGCCUGGACUCAGUGGCGAGAGCAAGCCUACGAUCUAGCCGUCGAGGACUGCCAGAAGUGGUUACGCACCUGCCAGCACCUGCGGGGUUGUGAAGAUGUGGAGCCGACUGGUGGCGAUGACUUCGACCGGCUGAUGCGCAGACUGGCAGCGAAGGACGUGCGCUUCAGGAGACUGAAUGGCAGGCCGGAGCACCAGACCAGAUUGCUGGCGGGACGCUUGCGAGAGCUCCGCAGCCUCCGUGGGCAGAAGAAAGAUGGAACUGGAGAGGAUGAGGAUGAGUUCAUGUGA